UUUCCAACAAAGCAUCUGAUUGGAUAUAAUUCGAUCGGUGCUGUCGAAGACCACGCCCCAAUCUACUGCUGCUGCCUGCACAACAUUGCACUAAGCAGCAACGCACAGAGGGAAAAAAGGAAAUUCCGAGUUUUGCAGAAUUUAAAAAGUUUUCAUUGUUCCCAUUCCGAACUUCAAAAUGAUUAGUUGAUUUUUUUAAUUUUCAGUUCUAAAAGUGGAUCAUGUCGGCGACAGCAAAGUUGACUUUAGCCCUGUCUAUUGCUGUGACUGGAGGCACCAUGUUUUACGUGCACUACAAGCAAAGCUACGAUAGGGACAAGCUGCACGAGGGCGUCCUGCGAGACAUUGAACGGCAGCAGAGGAGGAAAGUGGAAAAUUUGUACACACUGCAGAAGCAAAUCGAUUUGACCAAAGAACUUCGCAAAGUGGCGAGUGAAACUGAGUGACAUGUAUUAGGUAUCUAAUGUAGAUUUUAAAUAUGACAAAACAUGCUAGAGGAAUAUGUAUUUAUUGAUUUGUGUUGUUGAAUAAAAUCAAGAUUUUAUUA